GAGUUGAAGAGUGAGACAAUUUGUAUUUUGUCAUUUUAUCAAAGCCAAGCAAAAUGCAAUUCUGCAAUUUAUUAUAAAUCAUAAAGUUUUUCUCCUUUUUUUACACUACUGCAAAAGGCAAAAGAAUUAAAUUAUUGGAUAUACUUAUUUUUUUGACAUAAAAUGCCCUAUGCCAUAGGAAUUGAUUUGGGCACAACGUUUUCUAGUGUGGCUGUGAUUAAAAGUGGAAAAAUACCAGAAGUAAUCGGAGACAGCCAAUAUGGGGAUGAUUCAAUACCCUCCGUAGUGUUUUUCAACCCUACAAAUGACGAAGUGUCUGUAGGCAAGUAUGCUGAUCAAUGGGGAAUAAAAGCCAGAACAAACCUAAUUUAUGAUGUGAAAAGACUAAUAGGCCGAAAAUUCGAUGAUGUUUAUGUUCAAGAUCUAAUCAAAAGCGGACAGUACAGCUUCAAAAUUGUACGAGGUAGAGAGGACAGUGCUGAAAUCGAAAUUAAACAAAACAACAGAAUCAUUACAAAACUGCCUGAAGAGAUUGCAGCUGAAAUUUUGAAAAAUCUGAAAACUUCUGCCAGUGAAUUCCUAGGGGAGGAGGUCAAAGAGUCUGUAAUUUCUGUUCCGGCCCAUUUUAACAACGCCCAAAGGAAUGCUACUAAAGAGGCAGCUAAACUAGCAGGUCUAACUGUGCUCAAUCUUAUAUCCGAACCAGUCGCUGCAGCUAUCCAUUACAAUAAAGACAAAUUAGAUAAAAAGUCCACCCAGCUGGUUUUCGAUUUUGGAGGAGGCACUUUGGAUAUAUCAGUAAUCGAUAUCGACAAUGGCGAACUGAAAGUGAGGGGUAUCGAAGGUGAUACUUUUUUGGGCGGAAGAGAUAUCGACAACAAUAUACAGAAUGAAUUAUUUGUUAGAGCAAUACAACAUAUGAAGAAUGAAUCGAAUGAUGUUAAAGCGCUGCAUUUGCUGAGAGUUAAGAAAAAGUGUAACAAAUUAAAAAUAAUGUUAUCUGUAAAAUCUGAAGCUUCUGUGGAGUUGGAUUAUUUUGCAAAUCAAGAAGAAAAUUCUCUGCCGUUAAGCAUGUCAAGAGAAAAAUUUGAAAAUAUUAACCAAGGUUUGUUUGAUAGAGCAAUGGACUUAGUUAAGCUUUGUCUGAUGGAUUUAAAAUUAUCAGCAGCCGAUAUUGAUCAGGUAGUGCUUGUUGGUGGUACAACAAGGAUUCCAAAAAUACGCAGAAUGCUUGCAUUACAUUUUGGACUGUCUAAAAUUAAAACUGACAUAAAUCCCAAUUUGGCUGUAGUGCUGGGUGCAGCAAUCCAAGCGGCCAUGUUAACAAGCAGUGACAAAAGAGAGUUGGAAAAGUUUAAAAUUACUGAAGUGGCUCCUCUUUCUAUUGGUUUAAAAUUAUAUGGAGGAUUGUUUCAAGUAGCGAUAGAAAAAAAUGCCCCACUUCCAGCAAUAGGAGAGUUGAAAACUGUUACUGUUAUGAAUAAUCAAAAAAGUAUUACAACAAAUAUUUAUGAAGGCGAAAGAAAAAAAUGUAAGUUUAAUACGUUACUUGGGACUUAUACUUUGAAUGAUAUACCACUCGGGGUAGCUGGAAGUAUUAAGUUUACCGACAUUUUCACUCUAGAUAAAAAUGGUAUCUUAACAGUGAAAACAUAUUGUCAGAAUGAAAAAGAGAAAGAAGUCACAGUUUCGUUUAGCCUCCAAGAACAUCGAUCAAAUCAAAGCAAAAUUAGAAGUACUCUAAGGGAGGCUCUUCGUUUUAAAGAAGAAGACAGUGUUUUCGAAAAAUCCAUUAAAUAUUGGACACAUGCAAGACAAUACUGUAACACUAUAAAAUACAACCUCAACAAAAUAACUGAUAAUGCGAAAAGAAUGAACAUAGAAAAUCAAUGUAAUGCAUUUUUACAGUAUUCUGCAGAUGCAAUGGAAGAUGAUAUAAGGUAUGAGGACAUGAAGAAAAAGUUUGACAUAAUGGAACAAGAAGUAGGUCCUUUAGUUACUGGAAUUAUAGACUUACGAUCUAUUUUACCGAAACUAAAAAACUAGUGUACAAAAAUUCCUAUAUUAAUACUCCUAUUAACUAAGACAUGAUAUCCUAUUAUAGUACCUAUGGGCCACAAGCAUUAUUGUCGCCAAUAGUCCAUACCAUAUUUUUUUAUGUCAUAGGCUGUGGUCAUAUUGUUAGCUUACAUUUUCAAGUAAUUUUUUAUAAUACAGGUAUGUAUGUAUAUCCUAUUUAGAAUCUGUAGUCCAAAGGUACAGGUAAAUUUAUCACCUUUCCCUAUAAAAUAGCAUUGAAAGGUGAUAAAUUUUACCAGUACCUUUGGACUACAGGUCGUGAAUAGACAAUAGUUAUAAAAGUAUACAGUGAUAAUUUAUAAUUUUAUUUAGGUAUUUUUUUUGUAAUACAUUAAGUUUCCUCAUUA